AUGGGACAGCGGGAGGACACAAACAUUCAGUCUAUAGCAAAAGAGAACUCAGCUGAUGGAUGCACCGAUUGGUCUAUUGACAUCAAGAAAUAUCAAGUUUUGGUCGGAGAACCUGUUCGAAUCAAGUGUGCACUCUUUUAUGGUUAUAUCAGAGCAAAUUACUCCCUAGCCCAAAGCGCUGGACUCAGUUUGAUGUGGUAUAAAAGCUCUGGUCCUGGAGAUUUUGAAGAGCCAAUAGCCUUCGAUGGAAGUAGAAUGAGCAAGGAAGAAGACUCCAUUUGGUUCCGGCCAACGUUACUCCAGGACAGUGGUCUUUAUGCCUGUGUCAUCAGGAACUCCACCUAUUGUAUGAAAGUAUCCAUCUCACUUACUGUGGGCGAAAAUGACACUGGACUCUGCUAUAAUUCCAAGAUGAAGUACUUUGAUAAAGCUGAACUUAGCAAAAGCAAGGAAAUUUCAUGCCGUGACAUAGAAGAUUUUUUACUACCAACCAGAGAACCUGAAAUCCUAUGGUAUAAGGAAUGUAGGACAAAAGCAUGGAGGCCAAGUAUUGUAUUCAAAAGAGAUACUCUGCUUAUAAGAGAAGUCAGAGAAGAUGACAUUGGAAACUAUACAUGUGAAUUAAAAUAUGGAGGCUUUGUCGUGAGAAGAACCACUGAAUUAUCUGUUACAGCUCCUCUGACUGAUAAGCCACCCAAGCUUUUGUAUCCUAUGGAAAGUAAACUGACCAUUCAGGAGGCUCAGCUGGGUGACUCAGCUAAUCUAACCUGCAGAGCUUUCUUUGGGUACAGUGGAGAUGUCAGUCCUUUAAUUUAUUGGAUGAAAGGAGAAAAGUUUAUUGAAGAUCUGGAUGAAAAUCGAGUUUGGGAAAGUGACAUUAGAAUUCUCAAGGAGCAUCUUGGGGAACAGGAAGUUUCCAUCUCAUUAAUUGUGGAUUCUGUACAAGAAGGUGACUUGGGAAAUUACUCUUGUUAUGUUGAAAAUGGAAAUGGACGUCGGCAUGCCAGCAUUCUCCUUCACAAACGGGAGCUGAUGUACACAGUUGAACUUGCUGGAGGGCUUGGUGCUAUCCUUUUGCUGCUUGUUUGUUUGGUGACCAUCUACAAGUGCUACAAAAUAGAAAUCAUGCUCUUCUACAGGAAUCACUUCGGGGCUGAAGAGCUGGAUGGAGACAAUAAAGAUUAUGACGCAUACUUGUCCUACACCAAAGUGGAUCCUGACCAGUGGAAUCAAGAGACUGGGGAAGAAGAACGCUUUGCUCUUGAAAUCCUACCUGAUAUGCUUGAGAAGCACUAUGGAUAUAAGUUGUUUAUACCAGACAGAGAUUUAAUUCCAACUGGAACAUACAUUGAAGAUGUAGCAAGGUGUGUAGAUCAAAGCAAGCGGCUGAUUAUUGUCAUGACCCCAAAUUACGUAGUCAGAAGGGGCUGGAGCAUCUUUGAGCUGGAGACCAGACUUCGAAACAUGCUUGUGACUGGAGAAAUUAAAGUGAUACUAAUUGAAUGCAGUGAACUGAGAGGAAUUAUGAACUACCAGGAGGUGGAGGCCCUCAAGCACACCAUCAAGCUCCUGACGGUUAUUAAAUGGCAUGGACCAAAAUGCAACAAGUUGAACUCUAAAUUCUGGAAACGUUUACAAUAUGAAAUGCCUUUUAAGAGAAUAGAACCCAUUACACACGAGCAGGCUUUAGAUGUUAGUGAGCAGGGGCCUUUCGGGGAGCUGCAGACUGUCUCGGCCAUUUCCAUGGCUGCAGCCACCUCCACAGCUCUAGCCACUGCCCAUCCAGAUCUCCGUUCCACCUUUCACAACACGUACCAUUCACAAAUGCGUCAGAAACACUACUACCGAAGCUAUGAGUAUGAUGUACCUCCUACCGGCACCCUGCCUCUUACCUCCAUAGGAAAUCAGCAUACCUAUUGUAACAUCCCUAUGACACUCAUCAAUGGGCAGCGGCCACAGACAAAAUCCAGCAGGGAGCAGAAUCCAGACGAGGCCCACACAAACAGUGCCAUCCUGCCGCUGUUGCCAAGGGAGACCAGUAUAUCCAGUGUGAUUUGGUGA